AUCCCAUCAAAGGUUAUUUAAGACCCCUCCCAAGAAUAUAGCUCUCUCUCUCUCUCUCUCUCUCACAAACACAGAGAAUAUUUAGAUUUAAGCAGUAUCACAUUGCUACAACAGUUUCCUUUUCGUUUUUCUUUUUUUGGGGUUUCCUUGGCAUUCUCUUUCCCUCCUUUCACAGCCUGUCAAGAGCUGAAUUAUUAACAUAGCAGGAGACUACAAUUUUUUUUGAGAGAAAAGGUGCUUUGUUGUCUCUCCAAGCAAAAUGGGGACUGGUUCUGGCCUGCCGAGAGUUUUUUAUUUUGAUGAGAUUCGUUGUGGUGUUUUGAGUCUUUCUUGAAGCACAGCUCUCUUUUUCGUUUUUUUGUUUGCCUUCAUUGGUGGCUCCGUCGCGUGCGGCGAAACAACAUGCCAUGGUUGCUCAUGAAGGUUUCGGUUGGUUCUUGUCCUCCUGUUUCUGGGCUUCUUGUUAUUUAGCAAGGCCUUCUUAUGGAUGGUAAUACUGGGGGGGGACUUGCAUGAAGGAAGAUGAUGUUGAGAGAGGCCAUCUCCAUAGAGUUUGCAAAUCUGGUAAAGUCCAUCUCUUGCAGGUAUGGGAACCGAACUUCAGUAUGCCAUCAACCCUCUAGCAGCAGCUUCACCAAGUAGCCACAUUUUUUCUUUUCACUGUGUGGAUGAGCGGGACCAUUUUCAGAACAGAGAGCUCAAAGAAAGCAUCAGGAACACUGGAGCCAAGAAGUUUAUAGACCCCAUGGAUCAGGUGGCCGAGAAGCAUAACAUCGAAUCUAUCAGGAAGACAAUGCAGAUGCACGAAGGUAUCUUCAAGCAACAGGUGCGAGAACUCCACCGGCUAUACAGUGUUCAAAAGGUGCUUAUGAGUGAGCUGAAGAAAGAAAUAGAGCAAAACAGGAUCCGGAGUGCCAUGAGGAGUUCAGAGACUAACUAUGUCGUCAAUUGGCCCCAGCAAACAAGUCAACCCAGUAGCAGCCGUCCGUUCCAUUUACAAAGUCCGAGCAAUGACCCGAGUUCAAAUGAGAGGAGCAGUAGCAGCUGUGCCGAGGCCAUAAGAAGGACGAGAGGUUUCGACCUCGAAAGCCCUGCAAAAGAAAACAGCAACAUUGAUGGAGAAUUACCGGGGCCUAGCUUUAGCCCUCGAAGCAUCGAAGGCUCGGAUGAAGAAACUGAAGUGGAGCUAACACUAAGCAUAGGAGGGAAAAAAGGCAAUAAAAUGUCCAAAAGCUACCAACAGCAUCACACGAAAACAGAAGCGGGUUUCUCCAGGAUGAAUCAUAAGGAGAUCGUUUCGCCUUCGUCACUCAUGUCGGAUCGAGGUGAUGCUUGCAGUGGACCCACCACCAGUAUUGGUGGUUCAGCUACUACAUCUGAUCGGGAAAGAAAACAGCCGCAUUGGCUGUUUCAAGUCUGAAGUCGACAUUAUUUGAAGAUAGGGGAAUGUUCAUUCAUCUCAAGCCUCUCCUGAGCCAUCUUAUCAACACGAUUCAUCAUCUAUUCAGAUUCUAUUUUGCUUCCUCCUCACUCUAAUAAGAAGAUGAUCACUUUGCCAUUUCUGAGUUCACAUUGAUGUAAAUACCUCUUCACUAAGAUUUAUCAUCCUAAAUUCCAGCACAUA